GCGGUCAGUGCCGAGACGAACGUUGUGUUUUGAGGACGAGAACUUUCGGAAGCUGCGUCCACGAGUGCCGGAAAUCAAGUGAAGUCGCGUGUUUUGUGCUCUUUUUGAGUGGAUUGUGGGAUGAUCUGAAGAGGGGCGUUUUUUCCAACGAAGGCGCUGGACUUUCCAAGGAUGAAGGGAAGGUCUGGGCUCUGAUUCGGUCCAAAUUUGAGAUUGCAGAGGAAGGAUCAUACUGAGUGACCAAGAGCAGGGCUUUAAGAUUCUGCAACGACAAACAUCGCUGCAGGGAGGCUGAGUAAUUCUUGAAUGAGCUGAUUUUGUGUUAAAAUCGUGCCAAGAUGUCUCUGCCUUCGAACUACAAGCAGAUCGCAGCCUCGCCUCUCCUUCCGUCGGCAAACCCUCUGCUUACGGCUGGAGUGCCGCUCAGCUUCAACAUCCUCAAAGAGAGAUUGAGAGCCUCAACCUCGGCCAUGGCUUCAAGCUCAGGGAGCCCUUUCAUCCAGACGGUUCACAGCCACCCAGGAUUCACUCCGCAAAAAGUGGGCAAGACCUCUGCUGUGGACCCGCGCGCUCCCAAACCCCCCAAGCCGCCCGAGAAGCCGUUGAUGCCAUACAUGCGGUACAGCCGCAAAGUGUGGGACACGGUCAAGGCGCAGAACCCGGAGCUCAAACUCUGGGAGAUCGGCAAGAUCAUUGGCCAGAUGUGGAGGGACCUGCCCGAGGAGGACAAAACUGAGUACGUCGAGGAGUACGAGGCUGAAAAGUCCGAGUAUGAAAAGUCCCUGAAAGCGUAUCACAAUUCCCCAUCCUACCUGGCCUACAUUGCUGCAAAAAGUCGUGGCAAAUCUGGCCAGCAAGUUGCCGACGAGGACCGCUCCUCGUCCAGUAAGGGAGUGGACAGAAGGAUUGACAUUCAGCCUGCUGAGGAUGAGGAUGACCAAGAUGAUGGGCUUUCGGUGAAGCAUGUUGCUUAUUCCCGGUACCUGCGCAACCACCGCCUCAUCAAUGAGAUUUUCUCCGAUGCUGUGGUGCCAGAUGUGCGAUCCGUCGUCACCACCGCCCGAAUGCAAGUCCUGAAAAGGCAGGUGCAGUCGCUGACCAUGCACCAGAAAAAACUUGAGGCUGAGCUCCAGCAAAUCGAGGAAAAGUUUGACGCGAAGAAGCGCAAGUUCCAGGAAAGCAGUGAAGUCUUCCAGGAUGAGUUGAAAAAGCACUGUCAAAGAGCGGUUGAUGAGGAAACCUUCAAUAAAAUGGUGGAGCGUCAGUACGAAUUGUUGAAGAAGGAACGUGAGGAAAGAGCUCAGCGCGCUCUUGCCCCUCCACCAGCUACGCCAAGUCCAGCUCCAGCUCCUGAAGAACCAGAUCAAGUUGUUGCUCAGCCAGCUGUGGUGCAAGAAACUGACCCUCAGCCUGAAGCAGAAGAGGAGCCCAAGGAGCAGCAAACUCUAGAAGAAGUUGCGCCUGAGGUUGAAGCUCCACCCGCUCCAGAAGUAACACCUGCACUAGCUCCAUCUGCCGAGGAACAAGCAUCUCAGGAGAGAUCUGGUGCUGAAUCUUCCGAGGACUCUCAGCCGGCGGCUCCAGCUGCCCCCACAGCAACUGCCGCUGUGUCAGGACCAAUGCCACUUGCUGGAAGUGAAGAUUCUGCUUCUCAGCCUGAGCCAAUGGAGGAGGCAAGCAGUGAGCCAGAGGCCGACAACUCUUCUUCCGGCCCUUCGUCUCUGCCUCCGACCCCCGCGAUUGUGCCGCCGCCCCCAUCAGCCACAAUUGAUGAAUCGGCCACCGAUGUGCCGCCAUUCCCGCCUCGUCCGCAGCCCCCUCCGCAGCAGCAGCCUCCCCAUCAGGCACCUCCACCAUCUCUGCCACCUCACCAGCCUCCACAAGGCCCACCGCCUCCGCAGCAAGGUCCUCCACCUGCAUCGCAACAGCCGCCUCAGCAGCCACCGGUGGUGCCGCCGCCGCAGAGUCAGUACAUGAUGUCCCAGCAGCUGCCCCCGAGGCCGCCUCCGCAGCAGUAUGCCCAGUAUCCCCCUGGGGCUUACCAGCAGUUCUCCCAAUAUCCUCCUCCGCCCCCACACAUGGCCUACUAUGGUCAGGCUGGUUAUCCACCUCCGAUGCCACAGCAGCAGGGACCGCAGCCUCAGCAGCAGUACCCUGGAGUGCCCCCGCACCCUCCGCAGCCACACCCUCAAGGCAUGCCACCCCACCACAUGGGGCCAAGACCGGGUAUGCCACCUCACCACUAUCCUCCGCAGAUGCAGCAUGAGCAGGUUGCGAUGCAGCCUCAUCACGAAAUGUACGGCGGCCCGCCGCCUCCAGAGAUGGGAGCUGAGCGCCCAGGUUCCAUGCCAGGAAUGCCGCCGCAGCACGAAGAAAUGAUGUACACAGGCGAAGGCCCCAAGAUGCCCCCUGAAGGCAGCCAGCCGCCGAGCCAAGGUGGAGGAGCUGGCGGAAGCAAGAGGGGCCGCGGAAGCGGCAAUCGCGGCGCACGAGGGACUCGCACCCCGAGAGGGUCCAAAGCGGCCGCCUCUGCUGGAGGGGCGACGCCCCCGCAACAGCCGCAGGGACCACCUCCGCCCCACAUGGGGCCAUCCAUGGGUUGAUUUUGUUGAAUUCAAUUUUUUCUGGGAUCUUGGUCGAUUCUGUCAGUAGGAUAGUUAAUUAACAGCAACAUGUGGGUUGAUCCCGAAAAAUCAGUCUUAUGCAUUUUGAGUGUGAAUUGAAGAGGGCAGGGGGCUCCAUUUCGAUGUAAUAAUAGUGACGAGAAAAGAAUUUCGCAUUUUUGUUUAAAUUAAACAAUUAAAGCAUACAUGAUAUAGUAAAA